AUGGCAUCAUCCAGCUCUUACAAUUCUCCGUGUGCUGCCUGCAAAUUCUUGAGGAGGAAAUGCAUGCCAGGAUGCAUCUUUGCACCUUACUUCCCACCCGAGGAGCCUCAAAAAUUUGCAAACGUACACAAAAUUUUCGGUGCUAGCAACGUGACAAAACUCCUUAACGAACUCCUUCCUCACCAGAGGGAAGAUGCAGUGAACUCCCUUGCCUAUGAAGCAGAGGCACGAGUGAGGGACCCAGUUUAUGGCUGUGUAGGAGCCAUCUCUUUCCUCCAGAGACAAGUUCAAAGGCUCCAAAAGGAGCUUGAUGCUGCAAACGCUGAUCUGCUACGCUAUUCCUUCACUGACAUCCCUCCAGCAUCUCUUUCUGUGCCACCAGGACUUGCUUCACUUCAACAAAUGCCCCAAAGGCAUUUUACUGCAAGAAUUGGUAAUGAAGGAAGCGGAUUUUAUCGACAAUCUCCUACUACUGCUUAUUCUUUUCCUUAUUCUCUUCCUUGGACUGAUACCUCUUCGGAGGACAUCAGUGAGGGAGGAGGUGGAGGAGGAGGUAAUUUGUGA